AGAUAUCAACUUUCCGCGACCAUCAUGAGCAUGCUCGACGUCAAAGCAAUUCAAGAACGAUCUGAUCGUCACCCCAAGCCUUCAGACAUCAAGUUUCAGUACGGGACUGCAGGUUUCAGGACACUGGGGAAGACUCUCGAUUCAGUGCUAUUCAGGGUGGGUGUUCUCGCAGCCCUUCGAAGCAAGAAGCUAGAUGGCAAGACCAUCGGUGUCAUGGUGACUGCCUCACACAAUCCGGAGCCUGACAAUGGGGUUAAACUCGUUGACCCACGCGGCGAGAUGCUUGAGUCGUCAUGGGAGGCACAUGCCACUAUUCUUGCCAAUGCGCCCGACAGUGUUGCUUUCGUCGCUGCAGUCGACGAAUUGGUGCAGACGAGCAAAAUAGACCUCUCGAUACCCGCUCGUGUGGUGUUUGCCAGAGACACGCGCCCGACGGGCCCGCAACUUAUUGCCGCCCUUAAGGAUGGGUUGGAGGCAAUUAAGGCAGAGUAUAGGGAUGCUGGCAUUACCACAACCCCGGUGCUUCACUACUUGGUGAGGACAAUCAAUACCAAGGGCACCCAAGAUUCGUACGGUGAGGAUACUGAGGAGGGAUAUCUUACGAAAAUAAGUGAUGCCUUCAAAAAACUGCUUGCUGGAAAAGCAACCCCGCCGCCGUUGCUCAUCGACUGCGCGAAUGGUGUCGGUGCCUUGAUGGCUGAGAAAUUCAAGGCAUAUCUCGGGGAUGCCUUCAGCAUAAAUCUCGUGAACGCCGACAUUCAUACCGUUGGCGCACUGAACAACUCCUGUGGCGCAGACUUCGUCAAAGUCAACCAGAAGCUACCUCCUUCCAUCACUUUGCAACCAGGACAGCGCGCUUGCAGUUUAGAUGGAGAUGCUGAUCGCCUGAUCUACUAUUAUGCAGAUGAACACGGCCAGUUCCAUAUGCUCGACGGAGACAAGAUCACUACACUCGUAGCCAGUUUUAUCGUUGAGCUGGUGAAGGCCGCGGGUUUGGACGAGCAGAUCAAAGUCGGCGUCAUCCAGACUGCAUACGCGAACGGAAGCUCGACAAAGUACCUUUCGGGGAGACUUCCUGUCAAGUGUGUUCCCACAGGUGUGAAGCACUUGCACCACGCUGCAGAACAGUACGAUGUUGGGGUUUAUUUCGAAGCCAAUGGGCACGGCACGGUUACGUUCUCGCCUGCUGCUCAGGAGUUGAUCUCCAGCUGCAAAUCUUCCAACCUAAGCCAGUCAGCAACGCUCACACAGCUGAAGAAUGUCAUAGAUGUUAUCAACCAAACUGUUGGCGAUGCUCUUUCAGAUGCAUUCCUGGUGGAAUCAGUUCUAGCACACAAGUCCUAUAGCGGUGUGGAGUGGGACUCCCUCUAUUGUGACCUUCCGAACCGUCUUGUGAAAGUCGUUGUAAGUGAUCGGAAUGCGUUCGUGACGGAGGAUGCGGAGAGACGCCUAGUCAGCCCUCUCGGACUGCAGGCCAAGGUCGACGAGCUUGUGCGUAGGUACGAAGGGGGACGCUCGUUCGUGAGACCGAGUGGUACAGAGGAUGUGGUCAGGGUUUAUGCUGAAGCGGUAACACGCGCCGAGGCUGAUGAACUCGCGUUCCGCGUUGCCGGUCUCGUGUAUGAUGAAGCGGGGGGUGACCAAUCACGGAGACCAAAGGAAUUCCUUUGAACCUCGAUGGAUUGACAGUCACGUUUAGAUUUGGACAUUGAUAUCCGGUGAUGUGUACUCUGUAACAUGAUUCGAGGAAUUGAAAUAAGUCACUGGCCCACGUACUAGGUCCACGUCUGCUCACUGUCAAAUUGAAUAACAAGUUAGUAGAGUAUGAUUGGGGAUUAUCUGCUGGCAUUGAUUGAUACUGAUUUAGUUGACAUGUCGAGGUUCAUAC